GGCCGACCGCCCUGGACCCGGGACUGGCCGCCUCUGCCGGGACACUGAGGUGGGCGUCGGGCUGGUUCCCAGCUCCGGCCCAGCGCCGAGCCGCGCUUUCUCUCCCGCGUUCCCAGGCGUCCGGAAGGGAGGGUCCCCGCGAGUCCGCCUCUCCGCCAGUCCCGAGUCGGAGCAGCCUCGGGACGUCCGGCGGCUCCAGCCGCGUCCCGGGCGCACGGGCCAGGAGAGCGUCGGGGAGCGGAGGGGUGCCACCUACGGGAAGAUGAGGAAGCCCGACGGGAAGAUCGUUCUUUUGGGGGACAUGAACGUGGGCAAGACGUCGCUGCUCCAGAGGUACAUGGAGCGGCGCUUCCCGGACACGGUCAGCACGGUGGGCGGCGCCUUCUACCUGAAGCAGUGGCGCUCCUACAACAUCUCUAUCUGGGACACUGCAGGCCGGGAGCAGUUCCACGGCCUGGGCUCCAUGUACUGCCGGGGGGCGGCCGCGGUCAUCCUCACCUACGACGUGAACCACGCCCAGAGCCUGCUCGAGCUGGAGGACCGGUUCCUGGGCCUGACGGACACGGCCAGCGCCGACUGCCUCUUCGCCGUCGUGGGCAACAAGGUGGACCUGAGUGAGGAGGCGCCCGGGGAGGGCGGCCAGGGAGGAGAACAUGGCCCCGGGCAGGCGGGCGGCGGUGGCGGCUGCCUGGCCCCCCGGCUGUCCAAGCAGGUGCAGCUGGAGGACGCAGUGGCCUUUUACAAGAAGAUCCUCAAGUACAAGAUGCUGGACGAGAAGGACGUGCCGGCCGCUGAGCAGAUGUGCUUCGAGACGAGCGCCAAGACCGGCAAGAAUGUGGACCUGUUGUUUGAAACGGUGUUCGACAUGGUGGUGCCCGUGAUCCUGCGGCAGAGGGCCCAGGGCCCGCCGCAGACCGUCGACGUCGCCAGCGCCCCGCCGCCUGCACGGACCAGAUCCGGGUGCUGCUCCUGACGCGCCCCGGCCCGGCCCCGGGCACCCGGGUGGCCUGAGGAGCCGAUCGGGGGUCACUCGGUAGGACUGCACAUGGAGGAGGGGCCGGGAGGAAGCGCCAGCCAGUCCCCGAGACCAGGGCCGUGUGACCGGGCCUCCGCGUCCAUCGCCGCCCCGGGAGGUGGGGAGCAGACGGAUCGUCCGGAGGAGCCACCUGCAGAGCCAGCGUCCCCUCGCUGCCCCGUCCUAACACCUGGCCUCUGACACGUGUCCCCUGGUCUCCGCACCUGCGUGACCCUCCAAGGUUCCUCGUCACUGUGAUUUACCUUUGAUCCAGCCGUUCGGUACUUGUAUCUUGAUGCCUCGAAACGAUUCUUGACAAGUGUUAAUUUAUAUAAAAUCAGGAAUCGCUGUUUUUAUAUUGUUUGCAGCAUUGUGAGCCACUUUCUUAUUAAAAAUUAUUUUAAGAAGA